CUCAACUGAGAGAGAUGUCACGCUGUUCAGUGUUCCCUCACUGCAUCUGCGCUCUCCUUAGCUCUACCUUCGCGCCUGCUCCAAGGCGUCCGCAUGGUCCUAAACCCCCCGCUGAACUUCGAGAACAAACACACUCUCUUUUCUCUCCAAUCUGAGCAAGAUUGACAGCGCUCUGAAUAAAUGAGGAUGGGGAGGAGGGGCUAUUAAGGGUGGCCAGUCAUAUUUUAUAUACCUGGCCAGAUAAAUAAUUAUCUUCAAGUGAUUAUCACUGAAGUGAAAGAAGAGAGCCAACAGAGACACAACUAGAGGCCAACACACGGUCAGUUACCAUUGUGAGAGACAGAGAAAGAGAGGUCGAGGUAGUACACUUCUUGUUGAGACUUUUCACUCAUAACUCACAGGACCCAGCAUCCUAGCUGAGUCCAGACUGGAGCCAUGUCUCCAGAGAAGGAAAGCAAUGGUCUCGAAAACGACACAUUUGCUAUUCAUGGGCAUUUCUGUGAGCUGGAGAAUGAUGGAGAGGGCUCCGGCCUCUCUGAGGAGGAUGACAAGAACAAGCUGUCCUACUGUGUCACAGAUGUCCCAGCCUGGUACCUAUGCAUAAUCCUGGGCAUCCAGCAUUUACUGACAGCGUUUGGGGGGAUAAUCGCCAUCCCUCUGAUCCUGUCUCAGGGUCUGUGUCUGCAGCACGAUGGCCUGACCCAGGGCCACCUCAUCAGCACCAUCUUCUUUGUGUCAGGCGUGUGCACCCUGCUGCAGGUCACCUUCGGAAUCAGACUGCCCAUUGUUCAGGGGGGUACCUUUGCCUUUCUAGCUCCCUCCAUGGCUAUGCUGUCAAUGCCAGAGUGGACAUGCCCUGCCUGGACCCAGAAUGCUUCCUUGGUCAACACCACCUCUCCUGAGUACAUAGAUGUGUGGCAGAGCCGCAUGCGAGAGCUGCAGGGCUCCAUCAUGGUGGGCUCUUUGUUCCAGGUGCUGGUGGGUUUCUCUGGCCUCAUCGGUUUCUUCAUGCGUUUUAUUGGCCCCCUCACCAUCGCACCCACCAUCUCUCUGAUUGGCCUGUCCCUGUAUGACUCGGCUGGAAUGAGCGCAGGGAACCACUGGGGCAUCUCCACUAUGACGACUGCUCUGAUCAUCCUGUUCUCCCAGUACCUCCGACACAUCCCUGUACCAUUCCCCACAUACAACAAGACCAAAAAACUCCACACCUCCAGGAUCUACAUCUUCCAGCUUCUACCUGUGCUUCUUGGCAUCACACUGUCAUGGCUGAUCUGUUACAUCUUCACCAUCACUAAUGUCCUGCCCUCAGAGCCGGAGCAGUACGGCUACCUGGCUCGCACAGACCUGAAGGGGGAUGUCAUAGGCCAGGCCCCCUGGUUCAGAUUCCCAUAUCCAGGUCAGUGGGGUUUGCCAACUGUGAGCCUGGCGGGAGUGGUCGGGAUCUUGGCUGGGGUGUUAUCCUCCAUGAUAGAGUCGGUGGGGGACUACCAUGCCUGUGCCAGGCUAUCAGGGGCCCCUCCACCCCCUAAGCAUGCCAUCAACAGAGGCAUUGGCAUUGAGGGGAUUGGCUGUCUGCUGGCUGGGGCCUGGGGCACGGGCAACGGAACCACCUCCUAUAGUGAGAAUGUGGGUGCACUGGGCAUCACCAAGGUGGGCAGUCGCAUGGUGAUCGUUGCUGGUGGGGUAUUGAUGAUCAUCAUGGGACUUUUCUGUAAAAUUGGAGCCAUUUUCACCACCAUACCCACACCUGUGAUUGGAGGAAUGUUCUUGGUCAUGUUUGGGGUCAUUUCUGCAGCUGGAGUUUCAAAUCUGCAGUAUGCAGACAUGAACUCCUCCCGGAACGUGUUUAUCUUUGGAUUUUCCAUGUUUUCCGGGCUUGUCAUUCCAAACUGGAUAUUCAAGAACCCGGAUGCCAUAGCAACAGGUGUGGUCGAGCUGGACCAACUGCUGCAGGUGCUUCUAACAACCAGCAUGUUUAUUGGAGGCUUCUUUGGGUUCUUCCUUGACAACACCAUUCCAGCUGUCACUGUCAGGUCCUGCUUGAUGGCUCUGUACAAGCUGAGAAAGAACUCUGCCAGUGGUCAACACAGUGCACUCAAAGUCCUCCAGGUGCAGGUGGCCCAUGUGAUUGGAAAGAUCAGAGGUCCGGAGACAGAUAUCUAAGGAAAAAUGUCUCACCUCAAAGAGUAAAUUUACAUCCUCUAUAGCGUUCUGAAAGGUGAGGUUCACCAUUGAUGCCAUCUCUCUCUUCACUCUAACAGCUGAUGGGUAAAGGGCUGAAUGAGGGACAGAGAGAAAGAAUGUUAACUAUUUUCUCUCUAAGUCUUGCCAAAGGUUUCAUCAUGUGAUGUGCUGCAGACCAUGUGGCUUGAACCAUGUUUAUUGCAUAUUAAGAUUUGUCUAGAAAAGGCUAAUAACAUACAGUGUAUGUCAUACUCUAUACAUGGUUUAUAAACAUAGUGUGUUAUUCUCACAGGGGAAAUACAAAGACAUGGGUUGCUUUGUGUCACACUCCAAUUCAAAGAGUUGCCAAAUUGAAUGUGGUUUCACCUCUUAGCCCUAUUAGUAAUACCUCAGUCUAUGUGAGGAUGUGAAAUUCUUUCUAUAGGAGUGAAUCUCGUGAAAUGUUAUUCAUGUCAAGGGGGAGAAGGUGGUUGUCUUUUUGCUGUUUGAAUAAAAGUCAGCCAUGUCCAAA